ACUAGGAAUGACGCAUAAGAAUCCAGGUAGGAGUGGGUUCAAUUUACAAAACGAAGAUUUCCCAGCGUUGCCGGCACAAACUUCAGGCUAUCAACAGGAUGCGUCUUCAAAAAAUAACCAAGAGGUUUCCUUGGGACCCAUUUCGCAAACACAACCGAGCUCGCACGACCAGGUGCCCGUGGGAGACAGGAAUGCCUUAGACAGGUAUAUACAGAGCAACUACGAAGGCACUGCGCCAAGCGAAGGUCAGCAACUGCAUGCGCAGCAACAACAAACCUUCUCAAACGGCAGUGAUCGAUACGGAUUGUUGGGUCUGCUGGGUGUGAUACGCAUGACAGACAGGGACACGAAUACAUUAGCACUGGGCAUAGACCUCACAACCUUAGGACUCGAUUUAAAUUCACCGGAGAUGUUGUAUAAGACGUUCUCGUCCCCGCUGGCGAAGGGGCCGGAACAUGUAGAUCCAGAGUACAGCCUGCCUAGUUUCUACUUAAUGACGCCUCCUCAAUCACCGCCACUGCAAAAAAUACAUUCAUUCACGGACCAAAGCUUAUUCUACAUAUUCUACUCUAUGCCGAGGGACAUACUUCAACACGCAGCCGCCACUGAAUUGUACGCGCGUGACUGGCGCUAUCACCGGGAUUUAAAGCUGUGGUUCGCAAACGAAGCGCCCAUCGACGCCACGGGGAAGGCGGGUGAGAGGGAUACCUAUGUGUACUUCGACAUCAACACGUGGCAAAAAGUACGGAAACCGUUAUCAAUGUCAUAUGACAAUGAGUUUGAAGGGCGAAGACCGGACCACGCCAGGCCAGAACAAUAGAAACUAUAAAUGUAUGGAGUAAAUUGAGCAGUGCGCCGAGUAAGUGAGGAAUGUAUCGAGUAGAUGCGGAAUGCGGUGAAAGCCCGGAUUUAGGAACGCCAUGGACGUAGUUGGUAGGAGACCGAACCUCGGACUCUGUUGAUGUCAGAGAUGUAUGUUCUGUUGAUGUCAGAGGUAUAUGCAGGCGAUGCUGCGAGGUAGAUUUGUUAUAAAUACAUCUGGGUGGACUGGUGACUGUGAACUACUUUAUGGGACGAUAAGUAAACCAUACAUGGGCACUCUAGUGGGAUGAACAUCUGCACACAAGGUUGCUGUUUGGCUUACCAACCCCCAGCGCAUUCACAAAAGUAUCGCUCAAUCCUUCGAAGACCAUUUGGCGGUAUAUUUGUAUUUGUAUUUGUGACGUCAACACACGAGUAUUCAAUCGCGACCGACGUCUUCUCAGAUACAGAACGAUCCGACAACAAACUAGAUCAGUUUAUAAACCACAAGAGC